AUGACCGGCAUACUACCUGUAGAGUUGUGGAAAAAAGUUUUGGGAUAUUUAAAUGAACCAACAAAGUAUUCUGCCUCAUUAUGUUGUACUACGUGGAGAAAUUUAUUAAUUGAUAACAUCCCAAAACCAUAUUCUAUUCAUGUUGCAUUGGAUUUUUCAUGUUCUGCAACUGUAAAAUUUCAUGAUGAAUAUGAUACAUAUGUAUCUAUAUGUCAAUGUAAUAAUCAUUAUAGAUUAACAGAUUCAUAUUUAACACAAAAAACAUUAUCAGUUAUUUUAUCUAAAUGUGGUUACAAUUUAAAAGAUUUACAUUUUGAAGAAAUUGAUUUUACCAAUAUAAAAGCAUGGUGUCUUGCUUUUAUGAGUGUAUUUCAAUUAGAAAGAAUAGUUUUUAAAGAUUGUAAAUUUCCAGAAGAUAAAAUAUUAAAUGAAAGUUUCCUUCUUCGAUCAUUAACAAAAUCAUUUAAAUUUCUUACUCAUAUUGAGUUUACUAACACAGGUUUCAUUACUGAUAAAUUUGGAAUGACUAUAGCUAAAAGCUGUAAAAAACUAGAAUAUUUCAAUGUAAAUGGAUGUCAAAAUAUAAGUUUUUUGACAAUAGUAGCUUUUUGUGAAAAUCUUGAAUACCAUUCAAAGACAUUCAUCCAAAUAUCAAUGAUGAAAACAAAUAUCAAUUGUGAUGAAUUACAAAGACAUCUUCUUAAUCCAUUGUUAAGAUGUGGACCAAAUUGGAAAUGUAACCCAAUUAGCAUAUCUUUAGGUUAUCAGCAACCCGCUUUGGUAUUAAGAAAAGUUUCGCAUUUAUAUAUUUAUAGAAAGACUAAAUCAAUUUCAUCUUUUCUCUCUUACAUCAUUUUUACUAAUAUUUAUAUAAAUAUGGGAAACCCAAUACCAACAGCACCACCAGUACAAGAUAUUGAUGUUACAAUGAUAAGUCCCCCUCCUUAUAGUCAAAUUGAUACUAAUACAACCUCUAAUAAUGGAAUAAUAGAGAAUCAAAGCUUAACUGGACCCCCACCAUCAUAUUUUGAAAUAUUUGGUGAAAUAAGACAAGUUGAAGAUCCUAAAGGAUUCUUUACCUAUGUUGGUAAAGUAUUUAGAGUAAUUGUUAAUACAUUACUUGUAACAAUACUUUUAUCAUUAUUUAAUAUUGUUCCAAUUUCUAUGAUAAUUAUUGGAUCUUUAAAUAUUAAUAAUUGUAGGAUUGAUAAAUAUAUUCCUAUAUGGCUAAUAGUUUUUGGUGUAACAUUACUACUUAGAAGUAUCUUACAAUUACUUAUUAAAAAGUUUUAUGGAAACAAUGGUUUAAAUUCCCUUACUGAAAAUACUUCAAUGGUAUAUAAUUUAUCACUUGUUGGAAAAGUUUUAAAUUUAGUAUCUCUUAUUUUCUUUAUAUGGGGUUUACAAAUGAUAUCAGCUAACAUUGGAUCUGUUAAUUUCUUUAAAAAAGAAAGUAACAAAUAUUGUGACCAUUUAACAUUUAUUUUUUCAACUGUUAUUGUUUUCUUCAUUUCCGCAAUUUUAGCAUUAUUCUUUUGUUUUAUGGUUUGUUGCUGUGGUUGUCUAUGUUUCCUAAACAUUGGUAAUAGAAGAAAUAGAAAUCAGUAA